AUGGCCCUGGGCUUCACGGUCCUGCUCCUGGUGGGGACGGUGGGGACAGCUUCCAGGGCUCAGCCCGUGCUUACCCAGCCAACCUCCGUGUCGGUGCUGCCCGGGCAGACCGCUCGGCUGUCGUGCACCCUGAGCCCCCAGUACAAUAUCAGCGAGUUUGGCAUCUCCUGGUACCAGCAGCGCCCAGGGCACUCCCUGAGGUAUCUGCUCUAUUACAACUCCGAGCGAGACAAGCACAAGCCUGCCAAGAUUCCCGACCGCUUCUCUGCUACCAAAGACCUCGCCAGCAAUGCCUGCAUCCUCAUGAUCGCAUCCGCCCGCCAUGAAGACAACGGCAACUAUUACUGCUCCCUGUUACGUGCCUUCAACUGCUGGUGGGAUCGCACCAUGGCCUGGGUCCCUCUCCUCCUCGCGGUGCUCGCCCAUGUCUCAGGUUCCCUGGUCCAGGCAGCAGUGACUCAGCCGCCCUCCGUGUCGAAAAACGUGGGAGAAACGGUCCAGAUCACCUGCUCUGGGCUUAACAGCAACAGCUAUGCUGGCUGGUACCAGCAGAAGGUUCCUGGCACUGCCCCUGUCACCGUGAUCUACAGGGACAACCAGAGACCCUCGGGCAUCCCUCCGCGAUUCUCUGGAUCCUUCUCUGGCUCUACGGCCACCUUAACCAUCACUGGGGUCCAAGCGGAGGAUGAGGCUGUCUAUUACUGUGGUAGCUACGACAGCAGCGGUACUGGUCAGGCUGAUCGUCAUGCUGAGAUUAGUUCUUUCUCUCCUGUUUGGUACUAUGCUUUUCCCUGUGUUGGGAAGAGUUAG